AGGACAGGAAGCGGCUGGUAACGUAAGUCUCUCUGAUGCUGUCAGACCUUCCAUGCGCUGGCAAUAGAUCUCCGGAGAAGGGAAAUAUGGAGACAGCAGAGCCGGGAAGGGUCUGGUGCCAGCUGUGAGGGACCAUCUGUGCAGAAUACACCAGGACGCCAGGGAUGUAAUGGGUACGGAGCCGAGGAGCAGCCAUGUAGUAACCUGUUAUUAUGUAUGGAGAUCAUAGAGGGGACAUCCAUCUGUGCGUCUUGUGACUCUCAGGAUCUUCAGUCCAACAAAGGAACUUCUGUGAUUUAAGAUGGAUAUUGGGCACAAGGGGAUGUAAAUGAAUGACAGAGACCCGCCCGCUGCCUCUAUGACUGCCGUGGUGGCAGAAUCCGCUAGCCAUGUCCUAGCAGAGUUUGACACAUGUGACCCGUUGCUGUCGCUGCUGCGCUUGGAUUCCAGCAGACUGAAGUGUACAUGCCUUGGGGUGUCCCGCAGAUGGCUGGCUCUGGGGAGCUCGGGAGGAGGCCUGAACCUCAUACAGCGAGAUUGCUGGAAACACAGGCUCUUUCUCACCCACAAGGAAGGUGCAAUCUCCAGAGUCGCCUGCUGCCCCCACGAUGACGAUUUUGUGGCUGUAGCAACAAGCCAUGGAAUCGUGGUGGUCUGGGAAUUAAACCAGGAGCGCCGCGGGAAGCCAGAGCGGAUCUACGUCUCUUCUGAGCACAAGGGUCGGAAGGUGACCGCCUUCUGCUGGGACACUGCCGCAUUGCGCGUCUUUGUCGGCGACCACAUGGGCAAAGUGUCUGCGGUCAAAUUAAACUCUACUAAGCAAGGCAAGGCCAGCGCAGCUUUUGUGAUGUUCCCAGUACAGAUUAUCACCAGUGUGGACUCCCGCGUGGUGCAGCUGGACUAUGUAGACGGCCGGUUACUGAUUUCCUCCCUGACUCGCUCCUAUUUGUGCGACACUGAGAGGGAGAAGUUCUGGAAAAUUGGAAACAAGGAGAGAGACGGAGAGUACGGGGCGUGUUUUGUCCCCGGGGGGCAGAGCUCGGGUGGUCAGCAGCCACUGAUCUACUGCGCCCGGCCUGGAUCCCGGAUGUGGGAGGUGAACUUCGAAGGAGAAGUGCAAAGUACUCACCAGUUCAAGCAGCUCCUGUCCUCACCGCCGCUGCCUAUUAUUAACCCACGGUCAGACCCUGAGUAUGAGGCCUCUCCUGGUUCUCCGCAGUCUUUAGCGUUUGCCAAACUUCUGUUUGUGGGCGAGAGCAGUGUUGUGACUUGGACAGACCGCGGCAUCUAUGUCUUUAUCCCUCAGAAUGUGCAGGUUCUGCUCUGGAGUCGCGUCAAAGGCAUCCAGGACAUAUCCAUCUACAGAAACGAGCUGUUCUGCCUGCACGUCGACGGGAAGAUCUCCCACCUCUCGCUGCUGCCUGUGGACAGAUGCGUGGAGCGGCUGAUUAAAAGGAGCUUGUGGGGUCUAGCGGCCAAAGUCUGCCAUCUGUUCCAAAGCACUAUUGUUUCCAGCAAAGCGAGGAAGGUACUGCCAAUCGAUAAGCUAGAACACCUGAAGGCGCAACUGGAUCUCGUGAUCCAACAAGAUCUCAUCGCUCAGCUGGAGGAAAUUCUCUCCAAACUGGAGCCUGUGGAUUCGGCUUGCAGCAGCCGUCGGAGCAGCAUCUCCUCCCACGAGAGUUUCAAUGUGUUGGACUGCGGCAUCUACCGCGUGAUUAGUCGUAGAAACAGUCAGUCCGACGAGGACUCGGGGUCCCUGCACAGUCAGACGCUGUCCGAGGACGAGAGGCUGCGGGAACUUUCAGUACAGCCGGACGAAGAGCAGACCGAACUGGAUACCGUUUCUCAUGCAUCCGUGAAUAUCGAGGGUAAUCGGACUGAACCCAUUCUCCCAUUCACUAUCUCAUUGCCAUUUCGCUCCACCUCCCCUCGCAUGUCUCUUCAAGCAGUCAAAGAAAGUGUUUCUAGUUUUGUUCGAAAAACCACAGAGAAAAUUGGAACGCUCCACAUGAGCCCUGAGAUCAGGAGAAAGCAGGGGGCUGUAGAGGAGGAGCAGCUCCCCCCCGUGUAUGGGAAUGAGAUGCCCCAGCCGGACGAUGUGCAGACUGGGGUGGAUCCUCCGCCACCUCCCCAGCCCUCUGUAGAAGAAGUCCUGUUAGAAGAGCUGAAAGGCGUAACAUUGGAGGCCAUGCAGAAAAUCCAAGACCCUCAGGUGCUGUUUGACUCCACUGCAAUGGCGGAGAUCCUGCAAAACUGGCUUGUGCACCUUGAGAAGGCACUGGGUCCCCCGCAUCCGGCAUCACAUGACGUAUCGGGGGAAGAGGAUGGGGACCCCCCGGAAUCGGUGCACACAGAGGAGACUGUAGAGGAGACAAUCGUCCUUUCUAAGACGGAGGAAAAUCUCUGCUUCCGAGUCCAGUGUCCGUGUCUUAUAGAGGAGCCUCUACACAGAGAUGUGUCUCACUUAACAAUGACGUGCCUGGAAUUCAAAGUGUUCCCUAACGAGCCUCAUUUGGAUUCUGAGGCCUCUGCUUGCAGCCUCAUAGCACAGUACUUUUUUCUUCUUGACCUGAAGAGAUUAAAACGCUGCAUUUUACUGAAUUACAGGGACUCUCCCAGCGUAUGGAGCACCUACAUGGACGGCUUAAAAGAGCUCAGUUUGGGUCCCGUGGCCUCCGCAAUAGAAAAAGGCGACCUGGUGAGCUCCAUACAGACCUUGAACAAUUUGGAGCCUUGGGACAGCCCCCUUCUUCUUGCUCACGUCUCCAGGGCUUACGAAAAGUUUGGAGAAGCCGCAGCCAGGUCUCUCGUUAAGUUCUUCCCGUCCAUUUUACCCGCGGACGUCGCACAGCUUUGCAAGGAAAAUCCGGAACACUUUCUUGCCUACUUGGACAAUCUUAUCAAAUCCAAACCUGAAGAGCAAAGACCAUCCUUACUGCAAUCGCUGGCUCAACCCGAAUCCUUAAAGCUGGACUGGUUGCUUCUGGCGGUUUCCCACGAUGCACCUCAUUCCACAAACACUGUAGAUUCCGAAGGAUUUCCCAGGCCCCGCUCCCACCUGUUCACCUGGGGUUACGGACAGCUGAUAUUACUUUUAAUUAAACUUCCGUCUGAUUUUCCAACCAAAGAAGCGAUGCUGACUAUUUGCAAAACAUCGGGAUACUGGCCGGGUUAUAUCGCACUUUGUUUGGAGCUGGACAGACGUCUGGAAGCACUGACCAACAUCGUGUAUCUGGAUGACAUGAACCUAAUUGACGAACAAAAUGGGUUAUUACCAGAGACAAUGGAGGAAUGGAAGUGUAUUCUGCACCUGGCACAAAGCCGCACGGCCGACCACCAGCACCACGGCACACCGAAUGGAGAGACCCUCAGUAACGGACAUUCUCACUGGACAAACUGCAUCACGGUGGAAAAUGUAGCACUUCUGUUAUCCAAGGUGAUUGGUCCAGACCGCGCUCUGCCUUACCUGAAGGACUGGGGUGUGGCUGAGAGAUUCUCAGACAGAUAUUUCAAGAUUUGUGAGGUCAUGAAGGUGGCGGAGAAAAGACAAAGAGCAUUAAUUCAGUCGAUGUUGGAAAGAUGUGAAGGAUUUCUGUGGUCCCAGCAAGUAUGACCUUUGCCCGCGACGACUGGCACGAGUUAUUAUCACUGGCAGCUGACGGUUUCGUGUUUUUGGCUGUAGAAAUGGUGACAAUAAGUGUUAGCCUCAUCCGACAAAUCCAGAUUAUGAACUAAAUCUGGAAUCUGCAACCGUUACGGACAGGAAUGUCCUUGCGACCCCCUCCAAGCAUCCACAUCUGUGCGUUGCAGUUUUGCUUACUGUAUCUAAUGUAUCAGAUGCUUGUGGAACCAUUGUGGUGCCAGUAACCGUUUAUACGGAAUGAAACGUUGGUGCCCGCCGAUGAACACUCAUACAGCCGUAGACUGAUACCAGGCCGGGAGUAGAACUCCUUCAGGCUGAUCUGAAUGUCCAGCGUUAAUGGUAAUUUGAGGUCUCAAACGUUCUUCCAGCAUAAUCGCAGACCAUCCAGAUCUUGUCAUACAUUACUCCUGCACAUCUAUCGCUGUUUCUGGAUUCCGCCAGGCAUCCUGAUGCGUCAGUAACUAGAUUUAUUUUUGUGAAAACAUAGUUUUGGUUUUGCAUUGUUGCAGCCAAUCAGAUGUUGGUGUUUAUAUGUCUGUCAUAUAGAUUAAUGAAAGCCAGUAUGUGAUUGGUCGCCGUGUGUCCCAGCUCACUUUUGCACCAUGUUAAACCACCACCGUUGUGCGCUUAAUAAGAUGUGAUUAAAUGAAAAAGAUGAUCACACCAGGGCUGUCCGUCUGCACAGACCGGAUUGGGAUCCGCAUUCUCCACGUUGGCUUGGUUACUGCGGCAACUGCACUCGCAGCGUAAGAUGCAACACUCCGCUCUAACUCCUGCAAGUCGGAAGAAUUCUGAUAUUCGCAAGUUCUUAAUUUUGGAAUUUGUCGUGUCACAAGAGCUGUUACUGAAAAGAAGUAUUAUUAUUAUUAUUAUUAUUAUUGCCAAUUUGUAUCUUUAUUUCUGAACCUUGGAGGAAGUGGGGAGGGGGGGUUGUUUUGGUUUUUAUGUAUCGCACAAUGUCUCAUGUCUGACCAACGCGCACAUAUAUGUAUAUGUUCAUUAUUAAAAGGAACAAUGUUUCUAA